GUGGAUUUAUUGUGCUGGAUGGAGAGACCUUUGAGCUGAAGGGGAACUGGGAAAACGAGUGUGAGGCCCCCCCCACUGGAUACGACUUCUGGUACCAGCCACGCCACAAUGUUCUGAUCAGCUCUGCCGGAUUAGUCCCAAAACGUGCGGGACGUGGAUUUAAUCCCGACGACUUGAAGAAAGGGGUCUUUGGGCGCCGCCUGAACGUGUGGAACUUGUCCUGCCGCACCCUCACCCAGUGCUUUGACCUGGGGGAGGACUCUUUGCCCCUGAGUGUUAAAUUCCUCCACAACCCCGAUGCUGCUGAGGGAUACGUCAGCUGUGCCCUGAGUGGCAUCGUCUACCGCUUCUACAAGUGCGAGAGAGACAACUGGGCAGUAGAAGAGGUGAUUCGGAUACCGGCCAAGGACGUGACGGGAUGGAUUAUGCCCAAGAUGCCAGCCUUCACAGUCGACCUCAUCAUCUCAACGGAUGACAAGUACCUGUAUCUCAGCAACUGGCUGCACGGAGACAUCCGCCAAUACGAGCUCUCCAAAACCUGCAAGCCCAGGCUGGUGGGACAGGUGUUUGUGGGAGGCAGUAUCCUCAGAGGCGGACCCGUGACUGUGUGUAGAGACGAAGAGCUGAAGUGCCAGCCGGAGCCCUUGGUGAUCAAGUGCAAGAGAGUGUACGGCGGCCCUAGUAAACUGCAGCUCAGCCUGGAUGGCAAGAGGCUGUACGUCACCAACUCCUUCUACAGCACGUGGGACAAGCAGUUCUACCCGACCGUGGUCAAGGAAGGCUCGGUCAUGCUGCAGAUCGACGUGGACACUGAGAAAGGAGGCCUGACCGUGAACAAGAACUUCCUGGUGGAUUUUGGAAAGGAACCCAAUGGGCCUUGCCUUGCCCAUGACAUCCACUUCCGUAGUGGGGAUUCCACCUCCGACAUCUUGGCCUAGGCGCCAUGUGGAAGACUCCCUUCUUCUCUCUCUCUUCUGUAGUGCAGCCAUUAAGAAAGAGCGUAGGGUAAUUGGGUUUGGGGGUCCCCGUUCAUUGCUGGAGUCUUGAUUUCUGCUAACCUGAGCUACGGAAGCUCUGCCUUUUUGCGAGGGUUUGGUUCAGGCAGACCAGUGGACACAUGGCAUGUUUUCAGUGCAAAGCAACCCCUGGGCGUGGUUCGCAGAGCAGAGCCCAGGGCAGUUGCUCAAAUGCAGAGAUGUGCAGUACGCACAGUGCCUUUGGGCAGAUACCUGCAUACCCACCGUGCCUCGCUUCAUUGCUACAGGCCUGUCGGACACCUGCCUUGAUGUCCCCGGCCUGUUAGCUAUUGCUGUCUAGUACCGGGGCCGGUAGCAAGGUGUUGAACUCUCAGUUACGAUUCAGCGCUUGUUCACCCUUGAAAACUAAGGCAAAAGAAAGUGAAGUGCCCAGUUCGCCUGAGUUACUGUUCUUCAGCCGGGUCGUUCCUGGAUAGUCUUCCCCUGGCACGAGAGCCCUCUUGGCUCCCUUCUCACGUGCUUGGGUCGGUACGCGUCACAGCUGAAGGAGUAUGAAGUGCUUUAUUUUGAAAAGAAGUGCCUGUUUCCCGACACUGGUUUGCUCUUAUGUUCUGCUUUAAACAAGAAUAA